CUUAUCUGCAUAAAGUGAUAAUUCAGCCAGGAGAGAAAAGGAGCUUUGAUAUUGUAUUGCAAUACAUCUUAAGAAGUAAUUGUGAAAUUAAAAAAGAAAACAAAUUAUCAGUCUGUUGACAGACUACGUUGAGAUAUGAUACAUCGAUAAAGGUCAAACUUUGUUAAAUCGAUACCUGAAUUUUAAUGUUCUAUAUUAAGCACCCGCGCUGUUUAACGUUCGUAGAAGCAACUAAGGAAGUUUAAAAGUUGUUUAUAUCAACCGGGUUUAUGUGGUGUUACCGGAUAAAUAUUGGGGAAUGAGAAUUGCAUUUGGCACAAUUUUAACAGACGCUGUAUUAAUCGUCUAAGAGGAGCUGCAAAACAUGUCAUUUGCCGUUUCUUCUACAAAGCAAACGAAAAGACCGGGAUCAUCAAAGAAUCCACCACCAACACACGACAAGAAGAAAGACACAGCAGUUGCCAAAAGCGUGUCAGAGCUCCAGAAGGAAAACGAUGCCCUAAAAUAUCGCAUCGAAUGCCUAGAGAAGGAAUUUGAUCCGAAAGUGUUUGAAAAGAAAAGUGAACCUCAGACAUACGCGCUAUUCGAGGACGCCUUAAAAAGUGCAGAGGAAACAAUAGUUAAGCUACGAAACGGAAAUUCUUCAAAUGAAAACACUGGCGAGUUAAACAAAGCCAAAGUUGAAAUUAAGGAACUGACCAACAAGCUCAAUCAGAAGGCGAAAGCAGAAGAAACACUGAAACUUGACCUCCAAACAGCUCAAUCAGAACGAGAUGACUUGAAAAAGCAACUAACAGAAGCAAGAUCGAAUAUAAACUCCCUGAAUAGAGAGAAGCAGGAAAAAGACAUUACAAUUAAGACCAAAGAAGAGGAGAUUAAAAGACUUCGCAACAACAUCCUCAGUAAUCUAGCUAAAUUCAACAACAAAGAUACAGAAAUUGCAUCCCUGAAAAAACAUGUCGAAGAGCUUAAAACCACAACCAAUCAAAGCAGUGGUUCGAUCGACACUAAGACAUUGCAGAAACAACUGGAGCAGAACAAACAAGAAAUUGAUCGACUAUCGUCCGAACUAGGAGGCGUGAAGAAGAACCUUGAAAUAAAAAAGGAAGAAGUUCUCAGUCUUAAAGAUGAAAAGAAAGCAAUAGAGAGCAUGCUUACAACGUUAAAGUCCAUUAGCGAAUCGCAAAAAAAUUCUUCAAAGACGAAUACCGAAAUGCAGGACAAAAUUGAAUCUAUGGAAAAGAAGAUCAAUGACAAAGACACAGAAAUUGGAAAGAAAACGUCAGAAAUAGACGGAUUGAAAAACGAAAUCGCUGAUUUAAAGAAGGCUUGUCAUGACGCCUUUGUAAAAUUAGAAACCAAAGAACGUGAAUCAAAGAAAUUAGAAGAAGAUUAUAAAAAGAAGAUAAAUCAAAAAGAAGAAACCAUCGAUACACUUCGGAGAAAAAACACGAUGGAAAAAACAACACCAACCGGGCAAGACGACGUGGGUGAUAUAAAACAGCAACUCAGUAAGGCAACACACGAAAUUGAUGAACUGAAAAGCAGGUUGAGCAAGAUGGUUGGCGAGAAUCUUACAAACAACAACCCAAAUAUCACGGAUCUAAGCGACGAGAAUCGACCUACAAAACUGGCCGAGAUAUAUUCAGAAAUGUACGACAACGAAUGGACAGACGCGUUUGAAGAGUUAGAAAAGCAGGGUUCAAAAGAGCUUAACAUUAUUUCGGAUUUGCUCAAGAUACUUCAGGAUACGCUAAAGUUCUGCGGGAUAUUGGCUGAACAAUAUAUUGCGAAUUUACAGAAAUCUGCUUCUAAAUUACACGAGAAAACAUCGACAACGAAUCAAUACCAAAAGCUUCAUUUGCUGAAAGAACUGAGAAAGAGCUAUGCACCGUCAUUAGCGGAUGAAGUCUUCUCGCUGUAUGUAAAGGAAAAGAAUUUAAAAUUCGGUAAAACACCUAAAGUGGAGGCGUAUACGAGAAGCUGCGUAAAAUUGUCUUGGCUGAUGAGCGUCCAAGACCCUGCAGUUGUAAUUGAUGAGGUCAAAACACCUUCCAAAUUUGACGGCGAUCGAUACAGAGCGUACACACAAUCGGGGACCACAAUGGAGUUCGUUGUGUGGCCAACAAUGCUUCUUCAUUCCGGAGGACCAAUUUUAAUGAAAGGAGUUGCUCAAUGCAAGUGAACAAGAGACAAUAACAUAUAAGCGUGUUUAUUUUAUGUAUUAAUUUGAUUCCGUCCAGUAUCUGUAUUGUGUCAUAUUGUGUUGUAAGAAUGUCUUAAACAUGAUUUUCGGACAUAUUCAAGGCAUAAAAAGUUAACUUUU